AUGGGCGUGGGAUCCUUGAUUUAUGUAAGCCUUCAAUGCAGUUGCUACCGCCUCUUGACGCGUAACUUCAUCGGCCCUUGGUUCCGCGUGUCUGACUGAACAUUUCAGACUACAUUUCUAAUUGCGAACUUGAUCUGUCCUUGUGGGAUGCCGUCUCCCACCCUCGCAGUCGACAUGAUCGUUCUAGCAGCUGGACAGGCGCGUUUGUCGGCAUACAUCCAACAGACAUUCUCAAAAGAGAUUUGUGAGACUGGCACCUUCACAAUCGCGAAUGCCGUGGAAUGGUUGGAUGUGCAUGAUUUCACGCGUUGGCUUGGUCGCGGCGUGGGCGACGGCCAGAAACCGACGAUCUCUACGGUCGUCUCUGUUCACCUCAAAAGUAUUGACCGCACGAAUCCCUUGGACCUGGCAAGCCGCGACGUAAAAUCUGCGACAGAUACCUCUCAGAGGAGGCGUCGUUGGUCAAAAUUCACGGGCUCCAGAUAAUUUCCCGCUCACCGCUCACGUUCCCGAUACCCAACAUCUUGAACUAUCCCUUGACUUCAUAAUCACAACUCGCUUCAGAUAUCCAUGUGUGCCCUCUGGCCGGCCGUCGACACGAGUCGGCAUCACCGAAGGUUGCUAUAUUCUGUUGAGCAUGAGCAUGUCGUGUACGAUAUAUAGCGAAAUAGUGUCUAAUUCAAACUUAUGUACAUAGCAGUUUCAUGCCCGCUGUUUACUGCGCUCCCUGGCCGGCUAAAAACCUUUCCACCGUUUCGACGAUAAUCUGAUGGUCCCAUUCCUGCUUCAGUCCACUCACGACUAUGACGCCGACGACACCCUCGACACCUUUCACACGGAUAGGGAAUCCACCACCGUGGAUGGCAUAUUCGCCCGCCGUCUCUCCCAGCAUAUACUUCUCGGCGAAAGCCUUCUCGUCUCCUUUCAUUUUGUUGUGCAUAUACCAGGUCGACGACCCCCAGCGCAGGACGGUCUUGCGCUUCCGCGCGACCCACAGAUCAUUGUCCGGCUGCGUGCCCGGGCGCGUGGCAGUGUGAAACAGUAGCUGGUUCGAGUUGGCGAGGGUGAUGUUGAUAACGACUGGGGUGGGGAAUUCGAGCAGGCGCGCUCGCAGGGCGCUCCCCAGCUCCCAUGCUGUGUCCGCGGUGAAGGAGGGGAACACGAGCUUGGCCUCGAUGGCCGCGAUUGCAGUGAUGUCUCUCGGUGGGUCCGGUAGCGACAUGAACGCGG